UUCGACAAUUAGAGUGAUCGUUUAAAAAUUAAAACUAGCAAGAACUAAAUGGUUUCAAUUUUAAAACAUGGCUUUUAAUUAUGUGGUCACGGCGCACAAGCCAACUUCAGUGACAAAUGGAGUUACAGGCAAUUUGACAUCUCCUACUGAUUUGAACCUGGUUAUAGCAAAGAACACUCGUGUCGAGAUCUAUGUUGUCACACCUGAAGGCUUGAGGCCUGUCAAGGAAAUGAUGAUCUAUGGCAGGAUCGCAGUUCUAGAGCUCUUCAGGCCACCGGGGGAAACCAAAGAUCUGAUGUUUUUGUUGACACAUCGUUACAAUGCAAUGAUCCUAGAGUGUCAAGUUGAAGGAGAAAACAUUGAAAUCAUCACUAGAGCCCAUGGGAAUGUCCAGGAUCGUAUUGGACGUGUCUCAGAGACUGGCAUAUUAGGCAUUAUUGAUCCAGAAUGCCGUGUUAUUGGUCUACGUUUAUAUGAUGGACUUUUCAAAGUUAUACCCCUGGAUAAGGAAAAUAGAGAGCUCAAAGCUUUCAGUAUCAGGAUGGAGGAACUGAAUGUUAUAGACAUGGCGUUUCUCUAUGGCUGUCAGACUCCCACAGUAGCCCUCAUCCAUCAUGAUCAAAGUGGUCGUCAUGUCAAGACAUACGAAGUUUCUUUAAGAGAAAAAGAUUUUCAGAAAGGACCUUGGAAGCAGGAUAAUGUAGAAACAAUGGCAUCAAUGCUUAUUCCAAUCCCUCUGCCAUUUGGUGGAACAGUCAUUAUUGGACAAGAAUCAAUAACCUAUCACAACGGAGACAAUUACAUAGCAAUAGCACCUGCCCAAAUCAAGUUGAGCCCAAUCAAUUGUUUUGGUAAAGUGGACGCCAAUGGCUCAAGAUACUUGUUGGGAAACUUAUCUGGAGAUCUUUUUAUGUUGAUACUAGAGAAAGAAGAGAAGAUGGAUGGUGCAACAACUGUUAAAGAUUUAAAAGUAGAGACACUUGGAGUGACAACCAUUCCAGAGGUGAUUUUAUAUUUAGACAAUGGAGUUGUCUUCCUUGGUUCACAUCUUGGUGACUCACAGUUGGUUAAGUUAAAUUCCAAAAGAGACAGCAGUGGCUCCUAUGUGCAAGUGAUGGAGACGUUUGUUAACCUUGGACCAAUUGUUGACAUGGUUGUAGUUGAUCUGGAAAGGCAAGGUCAAGGACAGCUUGUCACCUGUUCCGGUGCUUUUAAGGAAGGCUCCUUGCGAAUCAUAAGAAAUGGAAUAGGCAUCAAUGAACAUGCCAGCAUUGACUUGCCUGGAAUUAAAGGAAUUUGGCCUCUUCGUGUGAACUCAGAAUUGGAUAACACCAUAGUGAUGUCAUUUGUUGGCCAGUCUAGGGUCCUCCAGCUGACUGGGGAAGAAGUUGAGGAGACAGAGCUGCCUGGAUUUGAUGGAGAUCAUCAGACCUUUAUCUGCACAAAUGUCUGCUUUAACCAAAUCCUACAGAUCACGCAGGCCUCUAUGCGCCUACUGAGCAGCACACCUGGAGGUCUGGCAUCAGAAUGGAAGCACCCUGAGGGCAGGAACAUCAGCUUGGCCUGCUGUAACCAGAGCCAGGUCGUUGUGGCCGCUGGCAGUCAGCUCUUCUAUUUUGAGAUUGAACACGGCACUUGUUCAUUAAAGGGACAAACAAGAGUUGAACAUGAAGUUGCCUGCCUGGAUAUCAGCUCACUGGGAGACAACACAGCAUCUGAUGUACUGGCUGUUGGCUUGUGGACAGAUAUUUCUGCCAGGACCUUUCGUCUGCCUCACUUUGAGAGUCUCCAUGUUGAGAUGUUGGGGGGAGAAAUUAUCCCACGGUCAAUUUUGAUGACAACCUUUGAAGGCAUUCACUACCUACUGUGUGCAUUGGGCGACGGGUCUCUUUUUUAUUUUCUCAUGGAUCCAACUUCAGGUACCCUGACAGAGAAGAAGAAAGUGAGCCUGGGUACUCAGCCGACCAUGUUGAAAACUUUCAAAUCUCUCUCCACCACCAACGUCUUUGCCUGCUCUGACCGGCCCACUGUCAUCUAUAGCAGCAACCACAAGCUGGUCUUUUCUAAUGUCAACUUAAAGGAGGUCAACCACAUGUGUCCACUCAACUCUGACGGCUACCCGGAUAGCUUGGCACUUGCCAAUGAAACAACAUUAAUGAUUGGCACUAUAGAUGAAAUACAGAAGCUGCACAUUCGAACCAUACCACUGAGAGAGACACCCAGACGAAUUGCCUAUCAGGAGACAACUCAAACAUUUGGUGUUAUAAGCUACAGGCUAGAUGCUGCUGAACGCAAUUUACCAGGAGUUGAACCCCUGCCACUUGCAGCCAGCCUGACAGCACUCAACACAUCAAGUGCAACUUCCAAGCUGGUAUCAGGGGGCUCCAGCAACCAGGGGGAUACAGUAGAGGACCAGGAAGUCUAUUCUCUACUCAUCUUAAGACAGAGCACAUUUGAAGUGCUCCAUGCUCACACAUUAUUACCCAAUGAAUGCGCCACCAGCCUGCUGUCCACAACGCUGGGGGAGGACCCAACUCCGUACUACAUCGUUGGCACGGCCAUGAUCAGCCUGGAAGAAGCUGAGCCCAAAUCUGGGAGAAUUAUUGUAUUUCAUUACAGUGAAGGCAAACUGAGCAUGAUAGCAGAGAAGGAAAUCAAAGGGGCAGCUUACAGCAUGGUGGCUUUCAAUGGCAAACUUUUGGCUAGUGUCAACAGUACAGUUCGUCUCUUUGAAUGGACGAGUGAGAGAGAGCUGAGACUAGAGUGUAGCCACUUCAACAACAUACUGGCUCUGUUUUUAAAGUCCAAAGGUGACUUUGUUCUUGUUGCUGAUCUCAUGAAGUCUGUUGCUCUUUUGGGCUACAAACCUUUACAAGAUGCAUUUGAGGAGAUCGCUAGAGACUGCAAUGUCAAAUGGAUGACAGCCAUUGAGAUUUUGGAUGAUGAUAACUUCCUUGGUGCUGACAACUUUCAUAAUUUGUUUGUCUGUCAGAAGGACAGUGCAGCAACUACAGAUGAAGAGAGAUCACAAAUGCAAGAAGUUGGUCUCUAUCAUCUGGGAGAAAUGGUCAAUGUUUUUAGACAUGGUUCACUGGUGAUGCAACAUGCUGGAGAACACACCACACCCAUCUCUGGUUCUGUUUUAUUUGGUACUGUCAAUGGUGCUGUAGGCAUGGUUGCCCAGUUACCACAAGACUUUUUUAAUUUUCUCCUGGAGGUCCAAAACAGGUUGAGCAAAGUCAUCAAGAGUGUUGGGAAAAUUGAACACAGCUUCUGGAGAUCUUAUUUCACAGAACAAAAGCGGGACACCUGCAUGGGUUUUAUUGAUGGGGACCUGCUGGAGAGUUUUUUGGAUUUGAGCCGGGACAAAAUGCAGGAAGUUGUACAUGGUUUGCAGAUGGAGGGGGACAGCAAGAGAGAGGCAAGUGUAGAGGACCUGGUUAAAAUCAUUGAAGAACUGACACGCAUCCAUUGAAGCUGUUCCUCCCAUUAAAAUAUGUUUCUAUUUGAAAAGAAA